GAACAAGUGAAGGUGCCAAAUGGCCUCCAUGGCACUCCCUGCUUCCCAGCCCUCCUAAGAGCUUCAGUGUGCCCAGCACUGUGCUAAGUACUGAGGGGGAUGUAUGAGAAAGGGUAAGAUGCCCCAUCCCUGAAUCAGGAAAGUUCUCAAGAGCACACACCGAGGCGACUGCACACUCCAUGACCCAGGCCCUUCCUCCGGGCUCCCCACUGUCCAGGCGCCUCCCCGGCCCCAAGUCUGGCCCCACCCUGCUGGGCUGCCCCGGCUGGCCUCCUGGCUCAGGCCCUUCUCCCAGGUCUCGGCUUCCCCCUAGUGGCGGCUGGUCGCCCUGCAGCUCCAGCCCAUGUGAUUUCGGGGAAAAGGCGGUGCCCAAAGGAAGCGAAACAGGGGACAGGAGGAAGGGGAGGAGAGAAAGACAGACAGCUGACUGGGGAGCUGAGCUGCACCCAGCUUUCCGCAUUCAUCUGCACCAAGGCGACUGCCAGCACAGCUGCACUGCCUACAUUCUCAUCUUCUUUCUGCCGAUGGUUCUAGCUAGUCCUUCCAGGAUGGCAUCUGGCCGGGCUAGAAGUACUCGAAAACUUCGGAACUGGGUGCUGGAGCAAGUGGAGAGUGGACAGUUCCCAGGAGUGUGCUGGGACGAUGAAGACAAGACCAUGUUCCGCAUCCCCUGGAAACAUGCUGGCAAGCAGGAUUUCAGAGAAGAGCAAGAUGCCGCCUUCUUCAAGGCCUGGGCAAUAUUCAAAGGGAAGUAUCGAGAAGGAGACCAAGCCGACCCUGCAGCCUGGAAGACCCGCCUUCGAUGUGCCCUCAACAAGAGCUCCGAGUUUGAGGAGGUCCCAGGGCGAGGCCACAUGGAGGGGCCUGAGCCUUACAAGGUGUACCGGCUUCUGCCUCCAGGCAUUCUUCCUGGCCCUCACUCCUCUGCUGCUCCCACAGCCCCACUAGGUACCCAGAAGCUUCCACCAAAGAGAAGCCACACUGCCCUAUCCUCAGAGGAUGAAGACAAUGGAGAGAACAAACGGACUUGUAUGCCUAGCCUGCCUUCACAACAGAACUCCGCUAGGAGCAUGGUGGCAGUGCCAAGUAAGGUGCCCAACAGCAGUUUUCAGCACAUGGAUGAUUCUGGUAUUGGGAGCAACAGCAACAGCCCUCAGCCCCACGAAGUUGCUGACUCUAUUGAGGUUAUUUCACAAGAAGAUCUAGAGAUGCCACCAUCCCUUCCAGAUGCAGAUUACUCCCUUUUGCUCACCUUCCGCUACAGUGGGCAUUUGGUGGGACAGACCAAGGUGUACAGCCCCGACUGUCGCCUUGUGGCCAAACUCUCCGGAUCUCAGAGUAACAUGGAGCAAGUGGUACUACCGUCUGCCAGUGUACUGCCUGAACCAACCCUCCAGGUCGCCACAGGGCACCUCCUGAACCUCUUUGACCGUGGCAUCUUGGUAGCUAGCAAUGCCCGAGGUCUCUUCGUGCAGCGCCUCUGUACCAUGCCCAUUUCCUGGACCGGGCCCUGCACCCUGUCUGGUCCUGGACCGCAUCUACUACAGGACAAAGCAUGUGUAGAGGUCUUUAAUCCUGCCCGAUUCUUCCAAGGCCUAGCCCGAUACCACGAGGGCCUUGCCCCACCCCCCGAGUUCCAGGUGACCCUAAAUUUUUUGGAGGAGCACUGUGAUCCUGGAAGCACCCAUAACAGUCUCAUCACAGUCCAGAUGGAGCAGGCCUUCGCCCGACACCUACUGGAAGAAACUGGAUUUGUAUAAGUGAAGAAAGUCCCAUUUCCUUGGAGUCUGUUACCUUCGGCUUUCUCUUCCUUUCCUUUAACUCUGAGGGGUAUCCUGUUCAAGCUAUGCCCCCCUAGUUGGUGUUGGUGCCUUCUGUGAAUUCUAUUGCCAUGCUUGGUUGUAACUGAUAAGGUGGGGAAGGUCCCUAGGAAAUCCCAGCAGCUUAAGCAAGGAGUGCCCUUCAAUUCUAAACCCUAAAAAAUAGCUUUAGAUUUACUGUCCAAGUUUAUACAUUGAUUUUUGAAUAAAGUUUUAUUGAAAAUGAAA